AUGUUAUCAGCAAUGAAUAUUCGAUCAAUACUGGGUGAUUUAUAUAACCAAUCUUUUGAUUCAUCAUGGUGUAUUUUUUCAGGAUAUUUAGCUAUUAUAUUGAUUGGUAUGUUAUACUUGAAUUUUCUGAACCAGGCAUUCUAUCGUCUUAUUCGAAUAGCUUAUUUUCAAAAUAAACGGCUUCAAUCUUUAAAAUUAUAUGUAAUGUUACCAUUUAUAGAAAUAAUAAUACUAAUACCUAUUCUUCUAUGUGUUCUUAUACCUUUAAAUGGCGUAACAUAUUUACCAAAUGAUUACUUUUGUAAUAUAUCAUUUCCAAAUAUUCCUGGUUUUUUUUCGGCAGCAGUUGUUGUUUAUAUAGGUCCAUUUUGUUGCAUAUUAUUUAUUUAUAUGCAUAUAACAAGAUUUAUUCAUCGACAAGAAAAUAUUCAAACAUUAAUAAUCAAACGACGACAAGCUCGAGAUUUACUUAUUAUUCGACGCAUUUUAAUUAUUGUUAGUUUAUUACUUAUUCUUGGAAUACCUGGAAUGACUCUUAUAUUUAUGUUUAUAAUAACAGGUCAAGAGCAUCCAUUACUUGCUCGAAUUGCAUAUUUGCCAGUUAGCGCAUCUCAAGCAGGAUUAAGUGUAGCAUUACUUUUUUCUAUUCCACAACUGAAAAAUAUGGUUCUAAACUUACGAAAAACAAGCGUAGUAACACCUGUAAAUCAAGUCGUGCGAGGCACAGUACAAAUGAAAACGAUUACUGGUACUCAAUAG